UUUCAUGACUAGCGAGAAGUUGGGAACAUGCAGGAGCUAAAUACGCUUCAAUUACACUAACCGGAGACCGGAAUUUGAAAAAAAUAAUUUAAAAAAAAAAGGUAUAUUUAAAUUUGUUAGUAAUAACAUUUAUCAGAUAAAGCGUUUCGACGCCUCGGUGAUUAAUUUUAAAUCGCAGUAAAAAGUACGAGUCAUCACACACACACACACCAGCAGUACAAGUCCAAGAUGGCAGAAGGCCAGGAGACAACCAAUAAAAUAACGAUUUUCGUAAAAACUCCAAAAGAUAAGCAUUCUAUUGAAAUAGAAGAAAAUGCGACUAUCAAAGACUUCAAAAAAGCCGUUUCAGAAAAAUUUAACGCGGCAAUCGAACAAUUAUGUUUAAUAUUUGCUGGUAAAAUAAUGAAAGAUCAUGAAACACUUGAGACACAUCAUGUUAAAGACGGACUAACUGUACAUUUGGUGAUUAAGACACCACGUCCUGCUCAAGCUCAACCUGAAUCAGCUCCACCACCUCUAAGAUCCGUUCCUGAUAUUGGUGCUAAUCCUUUUGGACUGGGUAGUCUUGGUGGACUGGCAGGUCUCGAAAAUUUGGGAAUCGGCUCGGCAAACUUUGCUGACCUGCAGCAGCGAAUGCAGCGAGAGUUGCUGUCAAAUCCGGAGACGAUGCGUCAGGUGUUUGACAACCCGCUGGUACAGAGUUUGAUGGACAAUCCGGAGAAUGUGAGGUUGCUUGUCUCGGCUAACCCUCAGAUGCAGGAAUUGAUGCAACGUAACCCGGAGAUUAGUCAUAUGUUGAACAACCCGGAUUUAUUAAGACAAACUAUGGAAUUGGCACGGAACCCAUCGAUGCUUCAAGAACUGAUGCGUUCCCACGACCGCGCACUAUCAAACCUCGAAAGCAUUCCAGGCGGUCACAGCGCCCUGCGCCGUAUGUAUCGUGACAUCCAGGAGCCGAUGCUGGCAGCAGCAGCCAACGAGCGCAAUCCCUUUGCCGCUUUAGUGGAAAACAGUACCGACAAUGUCAACAAUCCUCAACAGGGCCAAGAAAACCGGAACCCUCUCCCAAAUCCUUGGAGCCCAACAGAACGUCCCGAAGGCUCUCCCGCUACUCCCGCAGCUCCAGGUCUCGGAGGAUUAGGUCGCGGUCUCCUUGACUCACCUGGCAUGCAAAGUCUUACUUCUCAAAUGAUGGAAAAUCCUCAGCUGCUUCGAAAUAUGCUCGGCGCUCCCUACACUAGAUCUAUCCUCGAAGCCAUGGCCGAUGAUCCAGCGAUUGCCGAUAGUAUACUUUCAGCAAAUCCGCUAUUUAGAUCAAACCCACAAAUGCAAGAACAAAUGCGUACCAUGCUCCCAGCUUUCAUUCAACAAAUGCAGAAUCCCCAGAUCCAGAAUGUCGUCACAAAUCCCGACGCGCUUGCCGCGAUAAUGCAGAUCCAACAGGGAAUGGAGCAACUUCGUACCGUAGCUCCAGAUUUUGUUGGUACUAUGGGUGGUCUUGGUGGUUUUAGUGCUACUACACCAGCAACAACUGGUACCACACCUCAAACUGGUACUACAACCAAUCAAACAACUGGAACCGGUACAGUAACUGGUACUGGCGGUACUACAGGGACUGGAACUGGAACUGGAACUGGAACUGGUACAGGAACUGGCACUGGUACUGGUACUAAUCCAUCAUCAGAUUCAUAUUCAAACUCACAAAACGCUUUAUCCCAACUUAUGGCUCAAGUUAUAUCUUCAAUGGCGCUUUCUCAAAAUGAAGGAGUAGACGGACAGGGAUUAGGUGGAGGUCUAGGUCUAGGUAUUGGUGGUAAUCCUAUUGGACAAAAUGCACCACCACCUGAAGAACGUUAUCGCACACAAUUAGACCAAUUAUCAGCAAUGGGUUUCGUUAACAGAGAAGCUAAUAUUCAAGCUCUGAUAGCAACUUUUGGUGACAUCAAUGCCGCUGUUGAAAGAUUACUUGCCAAUGGACAAGUUUCAAUGAGCUAACCGCCAAUAUUCCAGUAAUAUAUUAAUAUUAAUAACAUUAUUAAUUAAUUAAUUAAUUGAUAUUCCUCACUUUUAAAAUAAUAAUAAAAACAAUAAUUUUUUUUUAAUUUAUAAAUUUUUUUUAUUACCUGAAAGUUUUUAUUUUUAUUGUAAUUAAUUAUUUAAAAUAAAUAACUAACGUUAUUAUUACUAAUUAAAAUAAAAACUUUGAGCGGUAAAUUUAAAUAAAUAAAUUGAGAAAAAAAAAAAAAAAAAAAAAAAAAUAGCUCUUGGUAUUAAAAUUUCCACUUUGCAUUUUAAUUAAUCGGUUGUUAUUUUUAAUUAUUAAAUAUUUAAACAAUUAAUAUGUGUAAAACUUUUAAAUAUAUAUAUGAAGAGAGUGACGAUUAUUUUUCACGGUGUCAUAUGCAUUAAUUAAUUAAUUGAUUAAUUAGAUGCUUUUUUUUUAACUCGCACUCCGGAUUAUUAAAUGUUUAUUACGUAACUAAAUUUAUGUUUUGACGAUCGCUUAAUUAUUUUCUGAGGACGGUGUAUGUAAUAAUUUUUUUUUUUUUUUUUUUUUUUUGUUUCGUAUACAAAUAUAUAUUAAAUAAUAAACAAAAUAUAAAUUUAUAUAGAUUUGUAGUGAGACCAAGAGUGCUUAGAUAUAUGUUAGAUUAAUUAUUAAUUACCGAUUAUUAAUUAUUGAUUAUUGAUUUGUAAUUGUAAUUAAUAUGAAUUACAGGUAAUGUUUAAAUUAAUCGAGAAACCCAUGUCUCAUUGUCGAAAUACUUUGGAAAUAUUGUGAAUAAAUAUUUAAAAACAUG